UUCACCAGUAUUGAGUGCCACGGUACACAGAAGAGGCUAUACUCUAUAUCACAACGAACAAUGAAUCCUCCUGCAGUUUUUCAGAGACAACGAAUCGACCGCAUCUCUUGUAAGCGCCGACACCUCCGCUAGUUAACCUAGCAUCCAGUGUAGCUAACUGGUAAGUAGUAGCAGAUCUUAGGUUUGGCAUGGCGGAGGGAACCGGGAACGUCAACGUGGGUCCGGCCAACCUUCCUCCGGGAGACCCACAGCUGAUCGCUAUGAUUGUGGAGCAUCUGAAGAACCGGGGACUUUUUGACGAGUUCCGUCGGGAUUGUCUGGCCGACGUUGAUACGAAGCCUGCCUAUCAGAACCUGCGACAGAAAGUUGACAACUUUGUCACAUCGCAGCUCAGCACGCAAGACUGGAACCCGUCUAUCAACAAGAACCAGAUGAGGAAUGGACUCAGGCAAAGUGUUGUUCAAUCGGGUAUGUUGGAGUCCGGUGUGGACAGGAUCAUCACACAGGUCGUGGACCCCAAAAUGAACCACACUUUCAGGCCGCACAUAGAAACUGCCAUCCAUGAUUUCCUUUCAGGGGACAGGAAGGAGGAGAACGCCUUAAGUUCUAACUCAGCAACCUCUGAACAGACAGAAUCGCAGGAGGCCCCGUCUGCCUCUGGCCCCAAAACCCCCACACGAGCUCCCUUCACUCAGAUCGUCGUGAACGCGCGCCUCCCGUUCAGCUUUAUAUAUAUAUCAGCCUUCAUGUCGCGGUCACGCUGUGGCGUAGGAAUCCCCUCUGCAAGGCGAUACUCCCGCUGCCACAAUCAACAAACCACACAAAUAAGACCGAGGGGGGAAAAAAAACCCAGCAGACACACCCAGCUUCCGUCGGUCUCAGACAUGCCGGUGAACUUGCCCGCUUGGUUUUUCGUCUUUUCCCUGCUCCUUGCCUGUCAACAGGUGCUGACCGUGGAUCCGCAUGAUGUCCAGGAGAAGCAAGCGAGCCAGGCCAAGCGGCGGCUGUCUCUGCAGAGCACAGCGGAGAUUCAGAGUUGCCUGGUGAGUUCGGGGGAUGUCGGCUGCGGGACAUUUCAGUGUUUCAACAACAACUCCUGUGAAAUCCAAGGGCUGCACCACAUCUGUCUCACUCUGCUGCACAAUGCUGGACGCUAUGACUCACAGGGCAAGUCAUUUGUGAAGGAUGCGUUGCGGUGCAUGGCGCUGGGACUUCGACAGCGCUUCAGCUGUGUGAGCCGCCGUUGCUCAGCGGUAAAAGAGAUGGUGUUCUCACUUCAGAGAGAGUGCUACUCCAGGCACCAGCUAUGCCUGGCGCUACGGGACCACAUGGACACCACGGGCAGCCUGGUCCAGUUCCACCUGAUGUUUCCUCCGGGACCGUACGUGGAGCUGGUGAACUUCCUGUUGAAGUGCGGAGACAAUGUCAGGUCGUGGGUCGGCCGGCGGUUGCGCGGGCAGUGCGAGCAACACUGGGGGGCGCUGUGCAGAAGCUUCGGCGGCACCUGUUCUCCCGGCCAAUCGGAGGCUCAGCAGCACACCACCAAUCCACCGCCCAGCGCGCCCUGGCCCGUCACUACUCAAGGACACGCACAGCAGCCAACCAGAGAAGCCGCACCAGGCGACAGGAGUGGGCUCAAUCAGAUUGACAACGGGACCGACUCUGGUCUCCCUGUGCCUGACAAAACCAAUGUUACUGCUUCAUAGAGCGACAGGCGAGCCACGCAGCUAUGAAGGCAGACGUGCAUACAGGGUACACAAAGAUACAAAGAUCGUGCACUUAUUACUAUUAUAUUAGUAGUAGAAUGAGUACAAGUAGUGGUAGUAGUAGUUUUCUUAGAGAAUUGAGUGUGGUAUUGCUGGUGAAAGCAAUGCAACAUGUUUAAUCUGUUGGGUAUUUGUGCUAUUAAUAUUUUUCUUUACAUUUGACUUUGUACAAGGAUGAAAACCAAUGAUCUACCUCACUUCAAAAUCACAGUGAACCACAGAGGCUGUAUCCCUCAGCAACGGGCAUACGGACACACACGAGUAAACAGUACAGGGAAUAUGUCCCUAGCUCAAGUGCAGCUGAUGGCUGAAAGUCAGUAUUCUACCUAUUUAAGUCUGUUUUUGUAUUUAUGAGCAUUGUUAUUUUAUGCACCAUAUAGUUGGCAGACUAUCAAACGUUAUCUUGUAGACAGUUAUCUUGUGCGGUCUGCAGGAAGGGAAGCACUCUUGGGUUAUGAUGUGUAAUAUGUAUUUUUUAUGUUCUACUUGAACGAUCACAUUUCAUACAGACCCCAGGUUUCAAGCUAUAUUUUGUAAGUUUUUAUUUAAAUUAAUCUAAAAAUACAUUUGUAAGCAAUUUUGAUUGAAAUUAAAUAAACUACAG